GGGAGAAGGCGGAACACAUGCGAACAAAUCACAAGCUGAGAGAUUGAAAAGGACAAAAGCACUUCAGCAGAAUGUGUUGGGCUAACUUUCUGGUGUUUGUUUGGAUCCAGUAUGCUGUACGCCCUGCAAGCAGUGAGCAUGAUCUUUUAGAUCUGGAUGAAAAUAUAUUGGAUUAUCAAGCCUCAUCUGGUUCUGGUGACAGUUCCUCUGACAAUGCAGAUUUGGCUUCCACGUGCGGUCUUCAUGCACAAUAUUUCCGAGCAAACAGAGGUUACUACUGUAUGUGCGAGGAAGGGUAUGUCUCGACUUCAGGAGAGCUCACCUUUCAAAGUUCGACAGAGUGCAGAAGUAAUGUUUCAAAAGUCUUAGAGGAAACUAGAAACCUGAGUACGUUUAUUCUUCAACUGCACCAACAAGAUUUGCAGAAAUUCUCUGUAAUGGAAAUUACUAAUCUCACAGAGAGAAUCAUCAGCAAGCUGCAGUGGGAGAGCUUGGAGGCUGACUCCAAACACAGUCUAGCCUCGAAGCUGCUGCAGACUGUGUCCAGUUCAAUGAUGGCUGCUGCCUUGAGCACACCUGAUGGGACAUUGACAGCAUCAUCCAAAUCUUUGGGUCUCAAGAUACAUAUUCACCGUGGAGACAUUUCAGCAAAUGAAAAGCUGAUGUUAAAUGUGAGGGGCAACAACAUGGAACUUGACUGGAGAACAGCAAUUGGACAAAAUAAUUCAGGCGUCGCUGCUGUUGGUUUCAUUGCCUACAGUAACCUGGACUCCAUUCUGGAUGGGGAUUUUGUGGAUGAAGAGGACGAGAAAAGGGAAAAGCUAGGUGGGAGCUUCCGACUGAACUCUGAUGUAGUGACAGUGACCACGGCAAAUAGGCAGGAAACCGAAUUGAGCGAGCCCAUCAACUUCACCUUGAGACACAACCAGGAAAUGACAUCAGAAAGAAUUCCAGUUUGUGUCCAUUGGGGAAAUUCGAAGGCAAUGAGCUUCUGGUCUACAAGAGGCUGCAGGUUGCUCAGCUACUCUGGAAACCGCACAACCUGUGGAUGUUUGCGCCUGGCCAGCUUUGCAAUUCUGAUGGCCCCUGCUAAAAUGGAGAUGGUGUGCGCUAUAAUAGCAGGGAGCUUGCAUUACCUCUUCCUGGCGGCAUUUGCCUGGAUGUUUUUGGAAGGACUGCACCUUAUUCUCAUGAUGAGAGAUCUGCGGAAGGUGAAAGUCUCUCAAAAAACAGUUAUCAGGAGUCUACAUCUGUACACAAUCGGUUACGUGCUACCUGCUGUUGUUCUUGGGAUUUCUGUAGCCAUCAAUCGCAACGGUUUUGGAACGUCACAAUACUGUUGGCUACAGUUAGAGAAGGGAUUUAUCUGGAGUUUCCUGGGACCUGUUUGUUUCAUCAUUAUAGUUAAUACCAUCCUUCUCAUUUCUAUACUGCUGAUACUGCAGAAACAACUCUCUGGUCUUAACACUGAAGUGUCGAAGAUUAAAAACAAACGGACAAUGACGUUUAAAGUCUUUGCACAGGUGUUUGUCCUGGGAUGUGCCUGGAUCCUUGGCUUGUUUCAUUUUGGGAAAGGAACUCUGGUGAUGGCCUAUUUAUUCACCAUCGUCAACAGUUUCCAGGGCACCUUCAUCUUCAUCAUUCUCUGUGUUUUGAAUAAACAGGUGAGGAAAGAAUACCUUCAGUGCUUCAGUGGAGUGAGGAAGACAAGUUUAUGGUCAGAAUCAGCGAGUGCAAGUGUGGUGACAGCAACACAGAGAGAGAUGAGUACUGUGGAAUCGAAAGUGUAAUGGAGUGUCACAAUAUACAAUUGUGCAGAUAACACAGCUCCCAUUUCCUGUGAUUGUACCGAUAAGGGGGGAACUUGUCAAUUAUUUCAGCGGAUAUCUACAUGAACAGACAUCGCU